UUUGCCAGGCAAGCCGGUUUUUCAGCUACUUCCUCUCCACCAGAAUGGCUUCCUCUUGCUUCUGUCUUCCCUUGUGCGGCUCGUCGAUGGUCUCGGGCUUCAGCGCUCCACGUGCGCCGCCUCAUAGGCUUGGCUAGACGGGCGUCCAUUCAAUGCACUCGAUUGCUUUCAUCUUCUGUCGGCUCUUUGGCGGGCUCCGAGUCCCUGUGCAAAGUGUGA